AUGGAUGCCCUAACUAAAAUUGUAACAAUAGGAGAAAAAGCAAUUUCUGAAUUGAAUAAAUAAUCAUUAACACAAUGGAAUGGAACUACAAUUAGCACAAUAAAAUAUGUAUGGGAUUGAAUAUUUAGAAAAGAUAAUAGAACGGUUAAAUUUAUGCUUUGAUGAGAUAAAUUUUCAUUUAUAAAAGAAAGGAUUGAAUGAUGAAUCUAAUGUAAUCUCAAAGUUAUGCAAUCAUUUUAAUAUUUUAUUCUAAAAAGUGGAAGAGAUUAAUCAACGAAAACAUUAGAAUCCCCCAGAACUUCCUUUAGAAUAUUGUUAAAGAUCAUUUUCAACAAAUGCAACUUCUAAAACUUUAUUUGGUGGAGCAGAAAUUCAAAGUUUUAGUAUAUCUUCUUCUUAAAAGUCUAAAUUCAUAUCUGCAGAAUAAGAAUUCAGAAGUAAUAAGCCUAAGUUUAGGAAGAAUGUUUAAUCAAAGGGAACAGAUACUGGUGAAGAUGCUAUGCGUUAUUUAAAUGUAGAAUAUUUAGGUGAAAAAGAAAGGGAAUUAUAAAGAGCUAAAGAGGAGAAUGAUAUGAAUCUUAGAGAAAUAGAAAAGUUUCUAAAGUUUAAAGGAUUAUGGAGUGAAAUAAAUGCAAGCAAUGCUCCUUAUAAAUUAUAAGAUCUUGGUAAGACAUUAGAAAGAGAACUCUAACGUAAUGAAAUAUUUAUUAAUGAAUAAAUUAGAAUUGCUAAUUAAGAACUUGACUUUCCACCAAGAGAUAUGAAAUAAGAAAUAAAAGAUAGAAUUGUUGUUGGUGUAUAAAAAUCAACUGCAGAUAGAAUAUUAAAAUAUGCUGAGAGAAAAAUGAAAGAAGAAUUUGAGAAAUUUUAAUUGAAAAAGAAUGCUGGAUUAUAGAUGCAUAAGAGAAAAUCAUAAAAUAUGUAAAGAAUAGAUGAAUUAGAACAUCUAAUUAAUACUAAAAAUGAAGAAAUCUUGGAAAAAGAAUAAAAGAUAUCAGCUUUGUUUUCUAAAUUUGAAGAUUAAGAGAGGAAAUUAUUAAAUUUAAUGAUUUAAAUGGAAUAAAUAAAAGCAAAUGAAAAAAAUAAUAACACUUUUACUAGUAGUUAAGCAAAUGAGAAAUAAAGUCAUGUUGAAAUCUAAGUAAGUAUGAGUGAUCCUAAGAUUUUUAAAUUAGAAUUACAAUUAAAAGAAAUUGUAGAAGAAAAUUAAAAUAUGAAAGGAGAACUAUAAAUUAUGUAUGAAUAAGCUAAAAAUGAUAAAUAGAAAGUUUUAUUAUAACCUUAAUUAAUUGAAGAAGUUUUGAUGAUGAUUAUUUAAAGUGAGUUGUAGGCUGAAGGUAAAAUAGAAUUAUUACAAACAUUUUUGUAGUAUUUGAUUGAAAAUUCAGAGAAUGAUAUUGCAAGAAUGCCACCAAAUGAAUUAUAUAAAACAGUAAGAUAAAAAAUGCAAAACAAUAAUAAUUCUAAUAGAAAUUUGGAAGAAGUCUUAGAAAAAUUUGAAGAGAUGUAAAGUGAUGAUGAAGAUUUUUCUCCAAGUUCAAUAAAGAAGACUAAAAAAGUUAAAAAUAAAUAAUAAAAAUAAAAAAAAAUAAUAUUAGAAAGAGCUGAUUCUUAAUUUGAAUAAUCAAUAUCACCAGAAAAAUCAGAAAAAAUUAUAGGAAUAAAGAAAACAAAAAAUAAAUUUGAAGAUUAAUCAAAUGAAAAUUCUGAAUCUUAGAUUAUAAUAAAUAAUAAUAAUAAUAAUAAUGAUAAUAAUUCUAUUAGUAUAUUUAAGAAAAAAACUCUAAAUAAAAUUAAUGAAGAAAAUAGUAUUAUUUAAAAAAAUUCACCAAGAAAAUAAGAAGUUAUUAGUCCAUCAUCUGGUAGUAGAAAUCUUCUAAAUAAUACAUCUUCUUUUAAAUAAAAUUAAUCUGAUACUAAAGUCAAUAAAAUUAUUACGAAUUAAUCAUAAUAAUUAUAAUAAUAUUAAUAACCUAUUUAAUAAUAAUUAUAAAAUCAAGUAUAAUAACCUAAAGAGUCAAGUAGAUUUAAAACAGAAUAAAAAUAAUUAUCAUCAAGCAGAUAAUAAGCAAAUAAAAGUAGAGGAUAAAUUGAUUAAAAUUAUCAAAAAUCUACUAUCUAAUCUCAUUAAAUAUCUUAAUUUAUAAAUAAAUAAACAAGACAAAUAAAAUAGAGACAUUCUAUCAAAGAUGAAUUUGGAGAAAUAGAUUAUGAUGAAAUUGAUGAUAAUGUAGCAAAUAGAGGAGUUUAAGUUAAUUUUGGAAAUCUAAAUAUAAAGGCUUCAUUUAUAAAUUCAUAGGAAGAUAACACAAAUAUGAUGGGUUCUUAAAUAGGGUUUCAAACCCCUUUGAUGAGAUAAAGUUAUAGGUCGUAGGAAGAAAAGGUCACUGCUAAAUUUACUUAAACAGAUGAUUUUUUUAUGUGGAAUCUAUUCUAAAAAAUGUAAGUUGAUCUUGGAUUAACAGAAGAAUAAAUAAAAAAAUUGGAAUAAAUAUUUUUGAAUGAAUAAUAAUUCAUACAUUAUUAUGAAAAGACUCCAUCUUAAAGGUAAAAAUCAAGGGCAUCAACUGUUUUAAUUGAUUAAACAACUAAGGUCAAAUAAGAUAAAAAUAUAGAUAAUACUAUAAAUGAUAGCAAGAUGACUACUAUGGUUUAAUAAAAAAAUGAAACUACAGAUUCAGAAUAAUAAAUAAGAAGACCUACAAUAUCUAUUAUGAAAACCACUUAACCUUCAAAAGGUUUGGAAUCUCCAAUGAAUUUAGUUGGUAGAUAAAAAAGUUAGGUGUUACUUUCUUAUACAAAUGAAAGUAGCAUCAUUUAGCCUAAUUAAGGUAGAAGUGUUAGUCAAACAUCAGAUGUUCAUAUAGUAAAUUAUGGAAGUGUUAGUACAGAUACACUUGCUAAAAAAUAGAGAUAAACAACAAGUCAAAAGAUUUUGGAAGAUAUGCUUAAGAAUAAGACUGGUUUAACAUCUCCAUUUGAUAUUGAAACAAAAGAAUAAAAAGAAUAAAAAAUGUAUUUCCAUGUAUUUGGAGAUGAAAUGCAAACAGAUGCUGAUUUUGAAUUAGAAGCUGUAAGAGUUAAUUUAGGAAAACCAUUAGAAGUAAUUUAAGAUCAUUUGAAAGAAGAUGCAAUGAAAAAAAUAUAUCAAUAAUUCGUAAAUCGUCCAAAGAAUCCUUGGUAAGAUUAACUUUAUAUGAUAAUUUCUCAGUUUGCCAAUAAACCACCAUAAGCUAUUACUUAUAUAGAUUUCAAAAAAUAUUAUGAAAAUUAUAUGAGAGUAUUAUAAAUAUAAUAUAAUUUUUAGGUACAUAAAAGAUGUGGAGAUGGAUGUAUUCACAUAUAAAGAUUUUUAGCUAGAAUUGGAUUUGGAAUUAAUUCAAAGAGAAAACCAUUAAAUGUCAGCAAAUAAAGUGUAUCUCCUUUUGAACUGCCAAAACUAAAAUGAA